AUGCCAGAAAGACAGAAGUGCCUCCAGUGUUUUAGACCUGGAGACUGGGUGCUCUUCAUAACGUGGAAGGAUGUACACCCGAAGAACCAACUCCAGCCAUGGUGGGUGGGGCCUUACCAGGUUCUGCUAGUAACUUGCUCAUCUGUUAAAUCAACAGGAGUCAAGCUAUGGAUCCACUGCACAUGGUUGAAGCUGGCUUCUGACCCAACUACAAGUCCACAGUCCUCGGCAGUUACAGAAAAGACAACCACAACACUGACUGAAAACCUGUGCUCCUUCCUACAAGUCUGGACUGGGGCUUCAGUUAAAAUUAAAGAGGUGUCUGCUGCUUCCUGGGAGGAAAAUACUCUCAUUAGGUUGUCUCAGAGUAUAGCCAGAGGUAGGAAUUUAAGUAAUUGUUGGAUAUGUCAUUUGAAAUCUGAAACCAUCAAGGAAAACUAUAUCCCAUAUGUGAUCCCUGUAACUGAGUUUUAUACUAUACCAGACCCCAUAACCUACUAUAAUCUUCCUCCUUCAGGCAUCACAUUCCAAGUUAAUCUAAUUCAGGAAAUUCAGAAUAUCCCAACACCUUGCUUCAACCUGUCUGAAGUAAUUUCCAUUGGAGGGGAAGUUACUACCGGUCCCCCGCGUUCCCUCAAAUUUCUCCUGAAAAAAUGUGAUGCCCAAAAUCCCCUGAAUUGUACACUUGACAAAUGUGUAAGGGCUAAAAAUGACACAAAUUUAUGCCAGAAAGCCAGACAAGUUGGAUAUCAUGUAAAUGGACUAUGGAAGGCUUGCAGUAGCUCUGACCCCUGGCUUGAUAACAUAAUCUCUGUAUUACCCAAAAAUGAAAGAAUUGAUGACACUACCAUGGGAGGUAUAACUUGCUCUCCUCCAGGAUAUAUCUUUGUCUGUGGCAUAGGGAGUGACUCACCAACACAAGGGUGGGCAUUUCGCUGCUUAGACAGCUGGGAAAUUGAAGGGUCAUGCCUACUGGGAUAUUUUAGGAUCCCUUUCUCCUUGCACAGCCUGGAGAGCAUCACUUCCCUCUCUAAAUCAAACACACAUCUUAAAAGAGAGAUAUUGGAAGGGUAUGAUGACAAUAUAGGACAAAGUAUUUUUGGCAGCCCCAUACCAUCUGCCAGACUUUAUGUCAAUAGAGAUAUGAUUCAUAAUGUAUCUGCCACAAUUGGGCAAAUUGCUGAGGAAAUAGCUAAAAGUAUUGCAGCCCGACAAACAUCUUUGGACUCAUUGGCUCGAGUGGUCCUGGAUAAUAGAAUAGCCCUUGACUUCUUAUUGGCAAAACAAGGAGGAGUAUGUGCAGUGGCUCAUACCACAUGCUGUACAUACGUCAAUACCUCUGGAGAAGUUGAAACCCGAGCCAACAGAAUAAUUCAAAAGGCUACCUGGUUACAGGAUGUACGUAAAGAGGACAUGCAUCAGGACUUAUUUUCCUGGAAAAAGCAUGAGUUUUUGAGGCCUUCUCAGAGUUAUAAAGAGCAGACUCAAACAGUUAAUGAUUACAGAAGUGAGGAAAUGCAGAAACAAAGGAAAAGCAAUCAAGCAAGAAAAGCUCAGCCAUAA